AUGGCCACGGAAAAGGCACUUCUUGAGGCAAUUAAAGCCACUCAUGAGUUUAUGCAGGAACAAGCUCGACAAACUCAAGCUCAACAUAAGGAUUUAAUCAGUGCCCUUCAGCGGUUUGAAUUAAAUCGUCCUACACAACCGGAACUCACAAUUGAGGCACUCUCCAGUACAAUUGAUGCAUUUUCGUAUGACCCAGACAACAACGUUACAUUUGAUCUGUGGUACUCCAAAUACGAGGAUGUCUUCAUAGAGGAUACAAGGGCAUUAGACGAUGCAGGCCGUACGCGUCUACUUCUCCGGCGUUUGGACAAUGUUGCUCAUGCUCGUUACGCAAACUACAUCCUUCCGGCGGCACCCCGCGACAAGAAUUUUGAAGCUACAGUCACCAUACUGCGAAAAAUCUUUGGAAAAGGCGAGAGUGUUUUUGCAAAACGAUGGAAGUGCCUGCAAAUGCAAAAGAUUCCUCAUGAUGACUUCACAACGUACGCAGGGAAAGUCAACAGAGCAUGUGAAGAUUUCCAACUCUCCAACGUCACCCCAGAUUACUUCAAAUGCCUGAUUUUUCUCCUAGGACUUCAAGGAGAAACGUACACCGAAGUGCGUCGCAGGCUUUUGAAUAAACUGGCUACUGAAGACCCCUCAGCAGUGAACCUUGAACUAAUGGUAACGGAAGCAAAACAUUUUCUCAAUCUCAGGAAGGACAGCGAUCUCAUUGGUAAUCCUACGGCCAAUUUCGAGACUCUGGGUGUCAACGAGGUUCAAGGGCAAAAAGGAGAUGACAAUUCUAACCAGCAGAAGCGGGAUUUCGCCAAAUCCGAGAAAAAAGUUCCGAAAUCUCCGUGUUGGUUAUGUGGUUCAAUGCACUACGUGCGUGAAUGCUCUUAUCUGGAGCACACCUGUGCGGAUUGCAAGCGAAAGGGUCAUCGUGAAGGUUAUUGUGAAGUGAGCGCCAACAAGGCAGCGCAUUCAAAGCACAAUAGCAACUCACCCGCCAAAGCCAACGCGAUCGACAACACAUCCUUCAGCAGAAAAUACAUUUCCGUGACCAUUAACGGCAAGACGCUCUCACUCCUGUACGACACAGGCGCAGAUAUUACAAUUAUUUCGCAGAAAAAUUGGCAGUUUUUGGGUUCGCCAUCACUCACAUCUGUGAGCGCUCUUCCUAAAGACGCUCAAGGAAACAACAUACGUCUGCUCGGUGAGUUUCAUCCUCAUAUUGCCUUUAAUCUUUUAAGCAAACAAGGACGGUGUGUGGUGGCCAAGGGCGACAUCAACCUCUUCGGAACGGACUGGAUCUCUCUAUUCAAUCUGUGGGACACACCCAUUUCGCAGAUUUGCAACGUCACCACACCCUGUGGCGUCACAUCUUCCCAACGGGGAAUCCCCCGCGUAUUCUCCAUCACGCUUGGGAGAAGCCACAAUGAAGUCACAGAUCCCACACUUCCGUGCUCUACAUACGCCCAUACAUCUGCACUUCUCGCUGUCAAAUCUCCCGAGGACUACAUACCAAUUCACAACACUCUCAUCUUCAACAAAGACUCCGUACGAUCCGCAUGGCCUAGCUUCGAGAAGCGCAUCGGAUGUCAGCAUCGGCUCAACGUCUUUGGCUUGAGAGGCUUGUUGUGGCGUACAGCAUCUCAGGACGAUGCUACACACUCCCAUCUCUUCAUUUAA